AUGAAUAGUACUUUGAUACAUGCUUCGUGUAAGAAGAACUAUGCGAGCUGUGUUGAACGUUUGGUUCCACUAAGAGAAUGGAAAUUCAUUGAGAACUUCUCUUUGACAUCUGCAUCUGGACAUUAUCAUGUGAUUGGCCAAGUUAUUAACGUGAAGGAUAUUGAAAUUGUUCAAGUCAAUGGGAAGGAGAGGAAAAUAUUGAAUUCGAGCUACGAGAUAGCAAAUGAUGGUCUUUCUCUCACCAUUGUUGAGCCUACAAAUGAUGAAGAGAAAAUGGUUAAGAAGAAAUAA